GUCCCUCCCGUGGCCGGGUCUUCUCGUCCUCUGGGAGGAGCAGUCAGGCUGAAGGGUGACAAGGCUGGGAGGGGGCGUUAGAGAAACACAGCCCCUCACCGCCCCCUACCCCCACCCGUAGCACCAGGAUCUGGUUGUCCGACCCCAGGACCAGCCCCCCCUGGCUUGCCUCUGGUUCGGGGGCAGGGCCCCACAAGAGCUGGCUUCCAGCUGUCUGUGGCAGGAAUAAGUUCAUUGGACCAAAAUACAACCCUUUAUUCCCUGAGCUUGAAGUUUUGAGAGCAACAGAGAACCUGCAGCCCCCAGGAAGGACCAGGGGAUCCUCAGCACUGAAAGGAGGGACAGAGAACAAAGCCUAGAGCUUCCCCCAGCUCCCCUGCGUUGAAUGACAGCUCACACCUGCAGAGGCUUUAUAUGUGGCCCGCCCUGCCCCCAUCCCAGGUGACACGGACCCUGGUGGACUUUGCCCUGGGAUCCUCCCGGAAGGGAGGAGGAAGGUUGACUUUGGAGCUGGAGGCGGGGUGGGGCUGGGCCCGGGCUGCUGUUCUGACCUGUUUUCUGUUGGAGCAGGACCUCCACCCCUCCUGGCCCUCCCACCUCCCACCGUCCCAGCCGCCUGGUGAGGGAAGCAAAACUUUCCCCAGGCCACAGGACUGAGAGAGGGGACGCAGGCAGAGGCCCUGCGGGGACACUGAUGACAAGCCGUCAGGCUUCCUGGGGGUGACCAGGCCUGGGACACACGGCAUGGCGCAGGCGGGAGGUGUCCCCUGCCCCGGGGCUGCCCCGGGCCAGCCCCGCGUGUUCAAGCUGGUCCUUUUGGGAAGUAGCUCUGUGGGCAAGUCCAGCUUGGCUCUCCGGUACGUGAAGAAUGACUUCAAGAGCAUCCUGCCCACCGUGGGAUGCGCGUUCUUCACGAAGGAGCUGGAGUCGGGCGCCGUGGCUGUGAAGCUGGAGAUCUGGGACACGGCCGGCCAGGAGAAGUACCACAGCGUCUGCCGCUUGUACUUCAGGGGCGCCAGUGGGGCCAUCUUGGUGUACGACAUCACCAGGAGGGAUUCCUUCUGCAAAGCCCAGCAGUGGCUGCAGGACCUCGAGAGGGAGGCGCCCCCGGGGGAGGUCGUGGUGAUGCUGGUUGGCAACAAGACGGACGUCGGCGAGCGGCGGGAGGUGACGUUCCAGGAAGGGAAAGAGUUUGCGGAGAGCAAGAAGUUGCUGUUCAUGGAGACCUCGGCCAAACUGAACCACCAGGUGACUGAGGUCUUUAGCACCAUAGGUGAGUGGUGGGGCCCCCAGGAGAGCAGGGGUGGUGGUGAUGGUGGGGGAGGGGAGUCAUCACUGCCUCUGCUUCUUGGGUCUCCUUUCUGGCGUCCUGGGACCCGACAGAACGUCUCCGGGGGCUGGAAGGUGAGCAGGAUUGCCAGGGGCCUUGGCUUCAUGGCUCUGGGUAACCGUCAGGGAGGACGGGGUCCUGGGACUGCCCCGCGUACAGGGUGCAUGCCAGGCCGGGGGCCUCCGCUCCCAGACCACCCUCCUCUGUCCUUCACAGCCCGAGAGCUGCUGCAGAGAGAAGACAGGAAGAAGGCCCAGCCGCAGAGGGGAGAUGCAGGGCUGGCUCUGAAGGGGGCACCUGCCGGGCAGGCCAGAUGCUGUGCCCACUAACAGCAGCCACGCCAGGAAGGGCCUGGGGAGGAUGCCCCCAGGCCCCGGCUCCGGCUGCCCCUUGGGGUGAGCCACUGCCACGGCCACGUAUUCUGAUUCCCCCUGAAGCGGGCUUGUUGCCGAGUCCUAGAGGUUCUGGAAGCUGACAUCCUUGAGACUUACCACUUCUCAAAGCCGGCGGGAAUCAUUCAGGAGAGGAGCCGGUGACAACGGGCUCCCAGGCGUGAUGAGGGAAAUUGUCCCCUUUUAGGGUUUGUGGGCCUUGGCACGGGGAAGCUGGACUUUAACAUUUACCAAGGGACGAAAACUUUUCAAAGCAGUCGCUCCGUUUCUGCCCCCAGCACACUUUGUACAUCCGCUUCGUUAAAAAAAAAAACAAAAAACCAACAAGGAGCUUUCCAAACAUAAAGAUGAGAAAAAGAAAAAACACCUCCCUGGUUCCCGUAAGAUGAAAGUCAUACAGCCUCGCACAUACUAAAAACAUAAGAUAAAAAUCUGUAACUUUCUGGAAUGUUCUUUGCCGUGAUGACUCCUAAUUCUUUAUGUAAAAGGCGUAUACGACUCUGCUCUUCCUUGUGAGGAUCGUGUGUCCCGGGCAGAUGUCCUCACUCGGGCUCCAAUAAAACUCUUUUCUCU